AUGGAGGCCGAGUGCGAAGGGUGCUGGCGCACGAUACGACCCGAGGACACCCGCUACCACUGCCCCACGUGCGAUUGGGUGGAGCGCUGCUCUGCCUGCUAUGCUGACAAGCGAGCGCCGCAUGCCCACGAGAUGCUGGAGGAGAGGGGGCAUCCGUGGACCUGCCAAGACGCGGUGCAGGGACCCGACUGCGUGACGAUCCUAUCCCUGGCCUUCAAUUGCUUCGCCGGCCGCUGGUGUCUCGGGUGGCGACCCACCCUCUCUGUCGAUGGCACAGAAGUACUGGCGGCCUCCUACAAGUGGCAUACGUUCAAGGAGGUUGGUCUGCGAGUGCGACACUUUGCCGCGGGGCUGUCGAUACUGGGCAUCGAGGCGCGAUCGCACCUCGCCAUCUGUUCUCCCAAUCGCUUGGAGUGGUACCUGGCCGACUUUGCGUGCGUCUAUCGGUCUGUCAUCUCUGUGGCGUUGCAUACAAAUAGCCACCGCUCCGACAUGCUGUACAUACUCAAGCGCGUCCAGGCCACCUGCGUCGUGUGCAGUCCCGAGUUUGUCAAACUGUUCGAGGAGCUGGCUCCGUCACUGCCCGCGCUCCAGUACAUCAUCCACUUCGACAAGAACCAGCCGUCCCUCUCCGACGGCGACUCGCUACCGGCUCAAGCCACACUCGGCACCUACCCACAACAACACCAGACUGGGGUCAAGAUCCUGCGGUUCAGUAGCGUCGAGAGGCAAGGAGCAUUGUUCCUGGCCGAGAACCCGACAUUCCCGAUUGCGGUGCCCAACAAACCCGAUGAUGUGGUCACCGUGGUGUACACGUCCGGCAGCACCGGCCUGCCCAAGGGCACGAUCUACACGGAACGCUUGUGGCACGACACCCUCAGAUCCAGGACUGUGCUCUACGCAUUUCCGAAGGUGUACAUGACCAGCGGCCCUCUGUCGGCCUCCUCCACCCGCAAGAACACCGAACGCGCCCUCUGCAAUGGCUCCCGGGUUGGCUGUUUCUCGGGGGGCGUGGAUCGGAUCUUGGAAGAGAUCCCCAUCCUGCGGCCCACCAUUCUCUCGGGUCCGCCCAUCACCUGGAUCACCGUACACCAGCUCUACACUCAGGCCCUGAACGCGGCCUAUGUACUGCGCUCGGCGCUGACCACGUUCCACUGCUAUUCUCCAUACCACACAGGCGGGGCCAAGAAUGCGCUGGAAAAGCAGGAGCUGAAGGCCCAGGUUAUGGCGCGGUUUAGAAAGAUGCUUGGCAGCGGCUGCAUUCGAAUGAUCACGAUCGGUGGUGCGCCGGUGCCCAAGGAGGUACUGCAGUUCACACGCAAGCUCUUCGGUAACAUUGAGAUCCGGGAAAGCUACGGCGCCACAGAGAUCGGCGGCAUCUACAGCAAUAAGACGGUAUCGAGCGACGUCGAGCUCAAGUUGGUCGACUGGGAAGAAUACAAGACAACGGACAAGCCGUUCCCGCGAGGCGAGGUCUGGGUGCGCAGCCCCACAAUCACUCCUGGCUACUACCUCGACGAAGAGCAAACGAAGGAGAACUUUGAAGACGGCUGGUUCAAGACGGGGGACAUUGGCAUGCUCCAGCAGACCGGAGACACCCGGUCGAUUGAGCUCAUCGACCGCAAGAAGGCACCCCGCGCCCCGCCCAUUCACACUAACCUGUUUAAGCUGGCGCAAGGGCUCUUCGUGGUGCCCGAGAAGAUCGAAGCCGCACUGACCAUCGGCUGUCCCUCGAUCAGGGAGUGCUUCGUCUACGGCGACGGCAGCCGCUCCCACCUCGUGGCCGUCGUCGUUCCCCGCGCGGCUACGGCCGUCGACGGUGAGGCUGACCACCACGUUGGCCGCCAACGCCUCAAGCACGAGAUCGCCGAAGGGAUUCGGGCGGUGAGCAAGAAGCAGGAGAUGAGGUACUACGAGGUGCCGCGCGACGUGAUCCUCGCCCGCGAGCCCUUCAGCGAACACAAUGGCCAACGCACCAUCACCGGCAAGCUCAACCGACGCGCCCUGGCCGUGCACUACCGCGCCGACAUCGACGCCGCCUACGCGCGCACCACGACCCAGGCGCGCCUUACCCGAGACACCAUUCGCGACGCCAUCGCGCAUACGAUCAGCCCCGGCGCCGAGCAGCUGCAUCAGCAGGAGGGCCAGCAGGCGAGUCUGCUGGAGCUGGGCGGCGACUCGCUAGGGGCGGUGAACCUGAUGAAGAUCAUCCGCGAGAGGUUCGCCGUGAGCCUGCCGCUGGCCAUGGUCCUCGAACGACCGAUCGACGAGCUGGCCGAGUACGUCGAGCGGCACAGUGGCGGCGGUGGCGCCGCCUCGGGGGAAGACUCACCACCGCAGGGUGGGUCGCCCAGCGACCAGUCGACGGCCGCGACACAGUCAAUCGAUUGGCGCAGGGACUCGCGAUUGGACCCAGAAACCAUCAGGCUGCUCGACGAAAAAUGUCAGGCAUCUUCGCAGGUCUCGAGGGCAGGUGCGGCCCUGGAGGUGCGGGGCGUGUUCGUCACCGGCGUCACCGGAUUCCUGGGCGCAUUCCUCCUGCAUCGCAUUCUGGCCGAGUUCCCGUCGGCCACCGUAUGGUGCCUGGUGCGCGUGGGGCCGCGUCAGGCCGACGAAGACGCGGCGAUGCGGCGCGUCCGGGACCACAUGAAGGACUACGGGCUCUGGGACGACGCCCAGGCCCAGCGCAUACGGCCCGUCGCCGGCGAGCUCUCGCUCGAUCGGUUCGGCCUCAGCAGGGACCGCUUUGACGCGCUGGGCGAUGAAGCCGAGGUCAUCUUCCACUGCGGCGCCUGGGUCAACUCCCUGCUCUCCUACUCUUCUCUCGUCAAGGGCAACGUAGUGGGCACGCGCAACGUGGUGCGACUGGCCGCCACGGGCCGCACACUGUCGGUCGUGCACCACAUCUCGAGCCUGAGCGUGCUGCAGGAUCGAGGCACGGCCAGGGCACACGAAGAAGACGAAGACCUGAAGCAGCUGAUGCGGCGCACGAGCGGCGGCGGCGGCGGCGACGUCGGCGCCUACUUGGCGGCGCUCAGGAGCGGCUACCGGCAGACCAAGUGCGUGGCCGAGCUGCUGCUCCGCAGGGGCAGGAAGCGGGGGCUCCCCGUCAACGUGUUCCGCUGCGGCAUGAUCGUCGGCGAGGCCGCGCCGCACUGCGCCCGCGGUGGCGUCGCCAACGAGAGCGACUGGGUCGGCCGGCUGCUUUGCGGCAUCGUCCACAUGCGGAGCUACCCCGCGUGCAGGGGAGUCGAGUUCAACUUCGUCCCCGUGGACUCGGCCGCGGCGGCGAUCGUGAAGAUUGCCAAGCACACCGCCGGCCAGCCUGGGGGCACAUUCCACAUCAACAACUUCUCCCAGGCUACAACGUUCGACACUCUGCUGGAGGGCGUGCGGCGGUUCAUGGAAGACACCGCCUCUUCUUCGUCUGGCGACGCUGCUGCGCCCUCGCUGGAGGCGGUGACCUACCUGGCGUGGCGCCGGAAGAUCGACUCCAGCGACGAGUCGAACCCGCUCUACGUCGUCCGCUCCAUGUUCCGCUCGUGGUUCCCGGGCACGAGUUCCGCCGAGUGCGGCAAGACUGUGGCGCUCCUCCAGGCCAUCGCCGACUCCUCGCGCAAGCUGGAGGAGGGGACGGAUGGUGCGACAGCGAAGGUGGCUUGCCACCCGAUCGACUCUCGGGUGGUGGCCAGCUGGCUCCACCGAUUCAAGGCGAAGGACCUUGUCUGA